AUGGCAGAUAUAGAGACUUCUUCUCUCUUACAUAAACCUACAAAUGUUAUGAUACCGAAUCAGUUGUCUCAUGAGAUAGACCAGUCAUUGAAUGAAACCGGUAAAGAUGCUAUUCUAGUCGGGGAAACAUACGAUAAUAAUGAAGUGGAAGAAACAGUAAGCAAUGAUUUUCCAAUUUAUAACCAACGAUUUGUUGAAAUCCAUCCUCAUUCAGAGUCGAGGAACACAGAAGAGUUACAGUAUGCAAAUCAAAAGGUCUUCAAUAAGAAAACACUAGGAAUUGAAACAGAUGAAGGCAAAACCAUUUUACAACUAAGUAGUUCAAAUCAGUUUCAAUUAGAUAAUCUUGACAAAAGUAACAGUAUGAUACCGCAACAUGGUUCGCUGAUACCAUCACCAACUGAAACAUACAAUGAUGACGAGCUUAAGAAAUCAUGUCUACCGUUACCAAUUGAGAUUAGUGAAGGGAAUGACUAG